GUUAAAAGGAACUUCCAUAUGCAACAAUACCACUGUAUGUUCUGAACAAGUUACUUGAGGUAAUUCAAAGGAAACAAAUUACUAUUACAAUCAAAUAAAUAGGUCGAUUUUGGGAGAAAAUCAAACUUGGGUGAUUGAUUUGUCAAUCACAGAAACUUUGGCAACCACUUGAUCAUUUAACCGGUGGCCUUGGGCCGGGUGAUCGGGCCGCCGGCAGUCUCGUAGCCAACCGGUACCCGCUUGCGGUCAAGCGGUUUAUUUGAUUCGGGCCGGGUCCUAAAACCCCUCAUUUACCGACUUCGCGAUUCAGCAAGCACGGAUUAGAAUUGAGGGAAAAACCCUAAUCCAAAAUCGUCAGACUCACUCCAAGGAGAGCUGUUGCUGAAGCCAGAAGUUGCUGUUGCCAGAAUAACUCGUCGAUUCCGAUCAUGGGGAAAGUAAACUACAAGAAAAUGAAGGGCUCCCAGAACCUCCGGCAGAGGCUUCUUCUAUCGACGCUCUCCGGCACUCCCAUUCUCGUCGAAGACAUUCGCGCCGACGACAAAUUCCCCGGCCUUCGCCCUCAUGAAGUCUCUCUUCUCCGCCUCUUUGACCGGGUCACCGAUGAUUGCGUCGUCGAAAUCAAUGAUACCGGUACAAAGUUCAAGUACAAGCCUGGUGUGGUUAUGGGGGGAAGGCGUGUUGCUCAUGAUUGUGGUGUGAGUCGAGCAAUUGGAUACUUCCUGGAACCAUUGAUUGUUCUCGGAUUGUUUGGCAAGAAGCCGCUCGAGAUAAGGCUCAAAGGGAUUACGAAUGACUCGAAAGAUCCAUGUGUUGACACAUUCCGCUCGACUACCCUGCCAAUAUUAAAGCGAUUUGGGGUUCCUUCUGAAGGACUGGAUCUUAAAAUAGAGAGCCGUGGAGUUCCACCAUUGGGUGGAGGAGAAGUUGUUUUAUCUGUUCCUAUUGUUCAAGCCCUGUCGGCUGUCACUUGGAUUGAUGAGGGAAUGGUCAAAAGGAUUCGAGGGUGGACUUUCUCCGCCAAAGUAUCUUCUCAAUUCGAGAUCCAAAUGAUCCAUGCUGCCCGUGGUAUCUUCAAUAAUCUGCUUCCUGAUGUUCAUAUAUUCACCGAUCACAAAGCAGGCUUACAGGCUGGAAAUUCUCCUGGCUAUGGAAUCUCCUUGGUUGCCGAAACUAAUGCUGGCUGCUGCAUUUCGGCUGAUACUACGAUUUCUUAUGCAAGGGGAGAUGAUGUUGGUGACAUGGAAGAUGAGAAGAAAGAGUUGAAGCCUCCACAGGAUGUUGGUGAAGACAUGGCUUCCGCUCUGCUUGAAGAGAUCGAGCUGGGUGGAGUGGUGGACUCCUCACACCAGGGUUUGUUGUUUCUCCUCUGCGCUCUAUGCCCUCCCGACAUUUCCAAGAUUCGCGUGGGGAAGUUGAUGCCAUAUGGAGUCGAAACAUUGAGGCAGAUCAAAGACUUUCUGGGCGUGGAAUUCAAUAUUAAAAUGGACACAUCAACAAAGACAGUUAUACUGAAAUGUAUGGGAUGUGGGUUGAAGAACCUCUCAAGAAAGAGUUCAUAAUUAGUGAGUUUGCCAUUCUUAAGGUAGCUGGCAUUGCAUCAUAGACUUCCUUGAGUAUUAAUGUAAUAGUAAACAACUAUGAUGAGG